UUCAGGUACUCACACAUUCGCUAAUCGAGGUGCCGCACGUCGCAGAAUCUGGAGUAGCAAUUGCCCCAAAUUCAGAAAUGUUCCUAAGUCUUCAAGCAGAAGUGACCAAGUCGGAGAAAGACAUCCGAGCUAUGCAUGUUGAACGUCGGAAAUGUUACUUCUCUGACGAACACCGACUGGAGUCGUUCAACUUUUACACAGCUUCAAACUGUUUGGACCAAUGUCUAUCCGAAGAAAUUGCGAAAGGUUGCAAUUGUAUCCGGUUUGACCUCGCGUUAAAGUUUUCAUCAGUCGAUUUCGAAAAUGUGACUUAUUGUGAAGGACCAGCUUUCAAAUGUGCAAGACACGUGAUGGGAAAUGUAUCCAAAGUAGGAACGGAGAUAAUUUGCCCACAUUGUAAACCGACCUGCAAUAAAAUUGAGUACAUUGCUCAGUUAUCGUCUCUGCGACUGAGGGAAGAUUUCACAAUACGUGUAGAGCUGGACGAGGAGGACGAAGGAAAUACUCCGGAUAACUUUGUUCGUCCGAAUGCAUCAAUUGUUCACGUAUUUUUUGGGUCGGAUAAUGUCUACUCGAGGGUUAGGAAAAAUAUGUACGAUUCCAACGACUUUUUCGCACACAUUGGGGGAAUUCUUGGUCUAUUUCUUGGCCUUUCUGUGAUCAGUGCCGUCGAACCGAUUAACCUUCUGUUUUGGAAGAUUGCUCAAAUAUUUUCCAAAAAGUCGAAAGUUAACCCACAAAAUCAAAGCCCUGGCACCAUAUUGCGAAAUGACCGCUCAUUUUAUGCACCAUCCCCAAAAAAUUACUACGGCGAGAUGCCAAAUGCAAAUCAAGUUCCAUGGUUCAAAAACCAAUAUUCCAUGUUUGGACCAACAAUGCAAGGAAAUCGUGUACAUCCAAAGGGGCAUGAUAGCAUUAUGAGCCGCCGGUAUUGAGGACAGAAAGUAUUUGUGAAGAAUAAUUUAAAGCAAUCUUGGGGAACUUUUUUGAAAAAUUUAACUCGAAAAUAUUAAUGUACUUGUAAAUAUUUGUUUACGGAAUAAUACGAUAUGCAGUUCGCUAUAGUGAAAUUAGUUUUUCUGUUGAUAUAUAUUAUACGUACUCUGUUAAUAUUUAUGUGUUAGGUUUUGUAAACUACACAUUACACAAAUCAAUACAUACACAUAGAAUCGUAUAAUUUUAACUUAUAUGAUGGAUACAUAUGUAUGCAUAGAUAUUUACAUAAAAUUUAUAAAUUUUUAGUUCUGCAAUUUUCAUUUGAUCGUCUGCAUUUACGCAUGAUAAUUGUAAGUAAUACACAUGUAUCUAAAUAUAUAUGUACUUAUUUAUGUGGCUCUGGAUUCGGUCCUCGAUUUCGACUAGAUCGAUGCGUAAAUUCGGCAUAGGCUAAUUGAAAAGGUCUUUUUUGGUCUCGGGUUUUUAUAUGUUAGUGUUGAAGAUCAAUAUUGAUCGAUGUGGCACAAUUUCGAAAUGCCUUUUCGGCCGGUACAACCUGCAGCGGCUGCAAAUUUUCAAAUGAGAAAACUAAUUAAGGUUUAACCAGGUUUAACUAAAAGAGUCAUUAAAAUGAAUGUGCUGGCAAAGCUAAGUGAUACGUAGUAAUGUACAUAA